AUGGAAACGGAGGAAAAGGAAGCCCAGCGCAUAUUAAGUGACCUGCCGUUCGACUUACAGAAGCGCUUCAUCGACCCGCAAUCCUUGUGGCGUCGAAAGGUGAUUAUGAAGCAGGGGUGGCCCCAGCUGCAUCUCGGUUUUGCAACCAAAACUAUCCUUGAGCUGUGCCGGAUGCUGGGGGCAGACAAUCCAAAUCCCAAGUAUGCAAAAGUCCUCGUAUCCGAUGCAAGGGACCAGCUGAAGAAGUCGAGGAGCGAGCUGGUUUCCGCCGAUGACGUUGCAAAAGGAGCUGAGAGCUUCCAGGUUGUCAUUGAGGUGGUGGUGGCUAUGGAUAAAUGCGGGGUUCGUGAGAUUGCCACUUACUUUGCCAACUACAUGGCACUAACCUACGCGAAGGUGCUCUUGGGAUUUCUAUUUUCAACAGAGGACCUAGAAGGUGUGUGGCGGUUUGCUCGGGACCUUGACCAGCUGGCCCUCCUGAUUGAUGCGUCACCGGGCACAAAGCACAGCUGGCAGUCAUAUGCCAAAGCGCCCGGGGAAGGCAACCGAGAGACCCAACCUCCGCUGACUGGCUUCGGCAGCUGCUUGUCCAUGCUAGAGAACUUACUGGUGGCGCUUGAAUCAACGGCCGGCUUGACCUCAAACGCAGCACCGCUGAAUGGCGACGAACUCCGUGAGUGGGGCGCGGCUUUGGACGUCCUCGGUGGCGAGAUCGUGUGGCUUGACAGCGUCCAGAAGACACUACAAUGGGACGAUCUGCAGCGGGAUGGCCGACUGCUCCUGGACUCGUUCAAAAGGGAAGGCAUGAAAGACCAAGAGAAGCGGGUCGCUCCAGCUUGCUUCAAGAGGCGCUGGCUGUGCUGCGGCCCGACUGCGACAAAAGUGGUUGCACCAAUGUUUCAAGGAUACCUCCCGUAUCGCCACGUUGCCAGUGCUGCAAAGGAGGAGAAGAAGGAGCAUUAA